CAGUGUUGUAUCAGCUUACUCCUGGGCGCGUUUUUGAAACCACACACCUCGAGUAAGCACGGUCCGGGUUGAUCAACCGAGACUUCAGGGGUUAAGCAGACGGCAAACUAACCUCGCUUUCCGGAACACCUCUGUCUUUACGGUUCUUACACUACCGAGUCAAUAACGUUAGGCGUGUUCAACUUGUACCGCGGCCGCCGAUCGGUGCACGACAUCAAAGAGCAUAUGGAAGCAGCGGCUGUCGAGCGCUCUCGCGGUACUUUGAUGUCAAACACCGAUCGGCGUCUGCAGCGAACACACCUCCUGUCAGGUAGCGCGUGCGAGACCGAGCGUCAUCGCGUGCACGCCACUCCUCAAGACUCCCUGAAGCUUUCGGGCUGUUUGUGUGCGAGAGAAGACAGUAGGACCUCGGUGUCAACGGAGCGACUUUGCGCUUGGCUUCUCCGACCCUCGUAGUGCGCGAUUUAGUUUUUGUGCACAUCGUUGACAAACCACUGCUUUCAGCCCAGAAUGCAGCGCGCAUGUGGAAUACGGGAAAGUCACAGAUGAAGCCGUGCGCGUGAUUUCGGUAACGAGUGGCAGAUCCAGGAAAAAUGCGGGGAGAUGCAGAGCAGGCACUGACUCUGAUGUGGCUCCUCUCUUGGACCUCACACAGCAUGUGUAAUUCGGUCCCCGGGAGGCCCAGAAUAACAAGAUGUCGCUCGCCUGAGAAAGAGACUUUCACUUGCUGGUGGGAGCCUGGGUCAGCGGGGGGACUGCCCACCAGCUACCACCUGUAUUACAGAAAAGAGAGCUCUUUGGAAGUCUUUGAGUGUCCGGAUUAUCAUAAGGCGGGAAACAAUUCCUGUUAUUUUGAUAAGCGACACACGUCUAUUUGGAUCAUAUACAACAUCACAGUGGUGGCCUCCAAUGCACUGGGAAAAGCCUAUUCAGAGUCUGUAGAAGUUGAUGUUAUGGAUAUCGUACAGCCUCACCCUCCAGAGAAUGUGAAUGUGACUUUCAUGCAGACCACGAACAGCCCCUAUAUCCUGGUGCAGUGGCAGCCUCCGCACGAUGCAGACGUACAUUCAGGCUGGGUAACAAUCAAAUACGAAGUUUGCUUAAAAAUCAGCAACAGGGGAGACGAGGAGGACAGCAGUUGGGAGUCAUAUAGUGCUGGAAAACAAUCGGAGUUUAGCAUGUAUAGUCCACAGCCAGGAGCAAAUUACGUUGUGCAAGUGCGCUGUAAACUAGACCACGGCCUCUGGAGUGAAUGGAGCCCUUCUGCCUUCCUCCAGAUUCCAGACAAUAUGUCUGACACACAGAAUGUGGUUAUGAUUUUUGCCGUUACGUUAACCAUCAUCAUUUUCCUGUUGACUGCAGGCGUGCUGACCGUCAAGAUAACACCGGUGAAGCAUUUUGUACUGCCACCGAUUCCAGAACCAAAAAUCAGUGGCUUGAGCACUCAGCUCCUUCAGAGUGGGAAGUCUGAGGAGAUCUUCAGUGCUCUGAUUACUCCAGGAUAUCCCCAAAUAGCCCAAAGUUCAGACUGUCAAGUUGAGUGUCUCGUGAUCUCUGACUAUGAUGAGGAAAUGGAUUUUGAUGGCAUAGCUCACCUUGAUUACCGAAAAGGACAAAAUCGUCCCACAGAUAAGGCACAAAAGAUCUCUCAAAACUGCAUCAGGAUCUCAUUGAACAGCAGUCAGGAUCUAAAAACAACACUGAGCGAAAAUGUCCACGCUGGGACCAUCUCCAAUCAGCUAAGUGCCACCAGCAGUGUUCUUGGAGAGCCUCAACAACUGCUUCACCUUGAUUGCAAUGUCUCACCAGUAAAAGCUCAGUACCAAAACACUCAAAUGAGCUCUGGUCAAAGUUGUGAGCAUGUCAGCAUCGACCCUGCUGGACUCACAGAGUACGUCGAGGUUGACAAAGACCAAAAAGCUCAGGUCAGGGAGGACUACAGUAUGGUCAGUGACGUUAUCAGUGAUAACAUCCUUGUACUGCAAGACAACAUCCCUGUACAGGGACACAAAGAGGUCAAAUGUGACAAAAAGUCCAAAACUGAGGAAACGGGAGGUAUUUUCGAACCUCUGGGAUAUUUGGAAACCCUGACAACAUUUUCAAGUGGAUCUUGACUAUUUUUUUAAGAGGUUUGGGUUUGUUUUGUCUGGUUGUGUCCUGCUCAAACUGUCAAGCACUUUUUGUUAGUAGAGUUGUGAGAAGGUUCUUUCAGAGAUCUGGCGUGCGUUUCCUGUACAAUGACAUAACUUGCUGCUGAACUACCAUAGAGCUAUUCCUGAAACUUCUGACUGAUCAUUUGAGCCCCAUUGUUUCAACAAUCUAGAGGUCACACAGUUGCUGGAAGAAUUACUUCUGCUAAUUAAUCUUUUCGCAUCAGUUUAAUGUCCGAUUGUUGAUGUAAAUAACAAAAAAGGACUAUAUUUUUGUUCGCCACUGUAAUGUUUUAUUCACAGGUUUCUCUGGAGACUAGAGCGCAUUCACACUCUUCAAAAAACUGCACUUCCAUAUUACCUGAUAAACUAUAUAUAUACACAGUUUGCAGAAAUACACAAAUGUUUCUGUGGAUAAAAUAGGCUAAAUAGCAGGAAGCUGCAGUAAUGGGUUUAAAAUUAGAUUAAAAGCCACUUUCUCUAAAGACCUGGCACUUUUCACAAUGCUUGCUGAUCUUUUACGGUUGAUUGUUGUUAAGAAUUUUUAUACAUUGAAAAAUACAGAAAAGCAAAUUUUGUAUAUUUAUUCAAGAUGAUACUACGAAUAUAAGAAGUGUGAGAUUUCUUUGGUCAAAAAAAACAGUAACUUUACCUAGUAUUUAUUGAACUAGAUCUAGUAUUUGUAUUUCAUACCAAUCCAUUUUAUUUAAUCUUGAUUUAUUACACUGAUUUAAUGUUAAAAUAGUCAUCGAUAUUCACUUGUUUUACAUUCUUCUGAUUUUAUAAUUCUUACCUUGAGCACUCUUCAGGACUAGAAUUAAGACUAAUGUCAAACAAUAGAUUGGAUCUGCACAAAAGGGUUGUCAAAGCUUAACCAAAGACAUGGGCAGUGAGCCCAAAACAGUCUGGCCGGCCUUUGAUGUUUUUUUUCACCUUAUAUAGAGUGCCUCAGAGAAGCUAGUUACAGCGGCAGACACGGACAGGUCAGCUGGUCUCAUCAUUGAACAUUUAUGGUCUGCAGUGCUGCAGUAAAGAGUUACUUUAAGUCAAACAUUGACUUAACACUAUACAAGGACAAAUAUUUGGUUCAGCACGAGAGAACUAUUGUGCAGCUUUUCUGUGUAGUUUAAAUUAGACUGCAAUCCAUUUGUUUUUAUAUCGUUGUGGUAAAAAUAUGUAUUUUGUUUGUGAUGUAACAAUGCUUAAUACGGCAAGAAAUGUAAUAUGAAGGUAUGCAAAAACUGUUAGCACAGUAAUGCAUUGGUGUUUCCAGUUGGAGUUCAUUACAUUCUUUCACUGCCAGUGGCAUGUGGAUUUCAGUUUUCUAUCAACUGCUGGACAGCAUCCAUUGAAAAUCACUCAAAGGUUAGGAAUGAUUAUAUUUUUGACCAUAACAUUUGAAUAACCCCCUUUUUUUGUCUUAAGCUGAAAUAAAAAGUUAUAUAACAAAGAAGCUGAACAUGGACGGAUAAAAAUGCAUUCUGCAAAAUCUGUUUUGUACGUAAAGUGAUCAUGACUUUUUAUGAGAUUUGGAUUACUAUGAUUUCUUCUACAAUCUAUUUAUUAUAUAUCAUUAUAUGUUUGGGUAAAAGGGCUUUCAACAGAGGAACAACAUGAAAAAAAGUCUCAUGGGCUUGGAAAGACACGAGUGAAAACCUGAGGGCAGAAGUUUAAUUUAGAAGUGUAUAUCUUUAGUAUACCUUUAAAGGAGUAGUUCACCUCAAGUUGUUUUAAAGGGGUCGUAAGAUGUUGCUAAAAAGAACAUUAUUUUGUGUAAUUAGUGUAAUGCAAUGUUUAUGUGUUUUAAGUUUCAAAAAACUCAUUUUACACAUACUGUACAUUAUUGUUUCUUCUCUAAACCCGGUCUUCCUGAAACGGGUCGAUUUGUGCAAAGCUCAUCGUUCUAAAAAAGCGAGGUGGCUCUGAUUGACCAGCUCAGUCUUUUAAUCAUGACUUGGUACUUUCACUGCUCAAAACUGUUUGAAUAGUAAGUAGCAGAUUUUUAAAUAAGAAAAUGCAACUUACUUAUAGGUUGUGAGUCAGAAGCACCAGACUUUCCUUGCAGAGCUGGAAUUACUCAUAGUCUGUGCGCAACUAGUAUAGACUGCUUCCAGGUUCAGGGAAUAGUCCUCUGUAAAUGCUAUAAUAUUUGGGUUGAGCCGUUCUGGAAUGGUGUUGUAAAUACAACUUAACCACUCAUUACUAGUUAUGUCCUCUUUUGGAAGCACAAAGAAAGUAGUUUCACUUUCACAGCAGACAGUGUCUCCAGAACAUGGCACCCUCAGCAACACUACAGCCAGAAUAAUAGCACCACCUUCUUUCUUUGCGCAAACAUUUGGGCAGUGUUACAAAAUAAACCCACUCUGUGACGUAGAAAAGUGGGAGCAUGUCAUAACUUUCAUAAAGAAUAUCUCUUUGGUUUUGAGACUUUAGUCUUUGCUACUUUAGAGAUCAUAUCUAUGCACAAACAGCUUGUGACACGUCAAGAAAAAUAAAAAUUUUAAAUUGCACCAUGA